GGGGCGAUGGGGGCGGCGGUCUUCUUCGGCUGCACCUUCAUCGCCUUCGGGCCGGCGCUGGCCCUCUGCCUGCUGACCGUGGCCGGAGACCCCCUGCGCGUCAUCAUCCUGGUGGCAGGGGCCUUCUUCUGGCUGGUCUCCCUCCUCCUGGCUUCUUUGAUCUGGUUUAUUUCGGUGCAGCUCAGUGACCGGAAUGACGGGCAGCUGCAGUACGGCCUCCUGGUAUUUGGGGCGGCGGUCUCUGUCCUGCUACAAGAGGCCUUCCGCUUUGCGUACUUCAAGCUCCUCAAGAAGGCAGAUGAAGGGUUGGUGACCCUGAGUGAAGAUGGCCGGCCUCCCAUCUCGAUCAAGCAGAUGGCCUACGUAUCCGGACUAUCUUUUGGGAUCAUCAGCGGCCUCUUUUCCGUCAUCAACAUCCUGGCAGAUUCCAUCGGUCCGGGCACUGUGGGAAUCCAUGGGGACUCACCCCACUACUUCAUCACGUCAGCCUUCUUGACCAUGGCCUUGGUUUUCUUGCAUACCUUCUGGGGGACCAUCUUCUUUGACGCUUGUGAGAAGGGUCGUUACGGGAUUCUGGGGCUGGUGGUCACCAGUCACCUGCUCACAUCUGGCUUGACCUUCCUCAACCCUCACUACGAAGCCAGCCUCAUCCCCCUCUUGCUCCUGACGCUCUCCACGGGGGCCUGGGCCUUCUUCACCGCCGGAGGGUCUCUGCACAGCAUCCACGCCUGCCUCUCCAGCAAAAAGGAGGAGGGGGAUUCCGUCAUGGUCUAUUCGGCCCUGCAGCUCCCAGCUGAAGACUGAGCGGCGCUUGGGCAUCCGGGAUGCUUCUUAAGGCUCAC